AUGCCCAACUUGGCGCAGGGCUUGCGAACUCAUGAUCCGGUGCCGGGUGGAACAACUCAACCUCCGCUCCCUCCAGGAGCCGCGGCAGCGUCUCCGCCGGACGUGCCUGACUGGCUCACAGACAUCUUUACUGGAUCGUCGGCUCAAGCAGGGCCGAAUUCAGAGACCAUGUUAGCAGAGCUAAGACCAAAGGGGCCGUUUCGAGAGGUUCAAGUGCCCCAACGUUUGGUGGCACGGCUCAUUGGCAAGGGUGGCGAGGUGAUCAUGUCCAUGUGCAGCUCGACUGGAGCUGACAUCAAGGUCCGACAGGAGACAAAGCACCUGGGAUACAGCCUCGCAAUCAUCACUGGUCCGGAAAAGGCGAUGAAGGUGGCAGAGGAGUUGGUGAAGCAAAGGCUUGGCAUUGCGGGCGAGAACGCGGGCACGCGCGAAAUGUUGAUCGCGUCAGAGCACGUCAGUUCGCUGAUCGGUCCAAGGGGUGCCACCAUCACAGAGAUGCGUCUGAAGUGUAACAAUCUCAACAUCGAGAUCCGCCCUUCUGACACCCCAGAGAACACGAACGCUUCACACAAGGUCAUUAUGGGUCCUGGAGAUGUGUCCCAACUCAACAUGGCGGAGGUUCCAGCGACCCAACAAGCCAAGCCGGUCGAACCUGAAUCUACGACUGACAAGUAUGCAAUGUAUAUUCAACCAGUAUAUGUACAGUACAUCAGUCAAGUGGUCUCAUACUACCAACUGCGGUGUUGA